UCUCUGGUCCACUAGAUGCAUAAGGGAGAGCAACAGUCACAGGCUCACAGCCACCUGAUUUGAAUACCUCUCUUUUGUCAACGAUCACAACAUCUAUUCUCUUCUUAUUUUCAAUCGACGAAAAAGGAGCCGUUACCAGCACGGAGAAGAGAGGUUUUCACUCUCCUUUGCAAAGAAACGUUUCGAAUUUAAAUUAAAGAAGAGGAGGAGGAGGAGGAGGAGGAGGAGGAGGAGUUCUUUAGUGCAUCAGUUUUUGUGAAUUUAAGGGAAUCUCGGAGGUUGCUUAAAAAUGGAGGAAGAGAAGAAGAAGAAAAGAAACAAGAAGAAGAAAAGCAAGCAGAACAACCACACCAACAAUAAUAAAGCAUCAGAAGACGACGUGUCGGUUGGUGCUGCUACUAAUAAUAAUAGUAAUGGGCAAAAUCAAGUUAUAGAGGUUUCUUCAAAUGGUGAUGUCGUGGACGCAGAGGAUUUUAAUGGACAUGAUGAUAAACCCAAUGGAGCAGCAUCGCAUUCUCCCUGGCUGAAAAGAGAGGCUGCUUUACAAGAGACAAUCAAACAUUUACAAAAUGAAACCGAUUCACUCACAAGGACGAAGGAUACCUUUGAAGAGACAAUCAAACGAUUACGAGAUGAAAAUGAUUCACACAUACAGAAAGAGCAUGAAGGAACUUACUGCAUUUUACAGGCUACCUUAGAAGAGACAGUAAAACAGUUACAGAAUGAAAGUGCUUCGCACACGCAGAAAGAGGCAUCCUUGGAAGAUACAAUCAAUCAAUUAAGAAGUGUAAACAAUUUGUGCAUACAAAAAGAGGCUACCUUUGAAGAUACAAUCAAACAAUUGAAAACUGAAAAUGAUUCCCACCUGCAGAAAGAGGCUGAUUUAGAGAAGAGAAUUGUACAAUUGCAGAGUGAAAAAGAUUUCUGGCUUCAGAAAGAGGCUGGCUUUGGGGAGAAACUUAACCACUUACAGGAUGAGAAGGCUGCUCUGGUUUUAAAAGCUGCAAGCAUAGGGGAAAAGAUUAGACUAUUAGAGAGUGAUAAAGAUUCUUGGACCAUAUCAGAGAAUACAACCAAAGAAACCAUUGCUAGAAUGAAUAUCGACGUCACAAGACUACGAAUGCAGGUGGUGGAGUUGGAAGAUUCCAGGAAUAGUCUCGUGAAAGAAAACCAACAACUGAAGGAAAGCAUCUCUGACCUGAAGUUACAGCUUCAAAACAUUGAUACGAGUGUCUCCUUUGCUAACACAUCAGAACUCGGAAAGCUUGGAGCUGAAAAGGAGGAAUUGAAUUCCCAGAUCGAAGCAGCUUGUGCACUGGUAGACAAAUUGAUCACAGAAAAUGCAGACCUUGUUGAGAAAGUGAAUGAGUUGUACAUUAAACUUGACCAUCAAGAGACAGCAGCUAGUUUUUCUUCAGCAACUGGAAGAGGUGUUAUCGUUAGAAAUUCUGAACUCGCCAAUGGAACUCAUCCCAUGGCUGAUUCAAAUGCAAACCUGACUGCAUUGGGCCAUAAGCUAGAGUCCUUGGAAAUGGAACCUGCUGUGGUAGUUCAAUACUCUUCAGAAGGUGGCUCUGGAGAAAUUGUGCAAAUCCCAUUGGAUGAUAAUGAAGUUCCGGAUUUGGAGAUGCAAGCUGCUGAGACUGACGAUAAGAGUGGUGCUGUGCCACUUACGGAUGCUCCACUAAUCGGAGCUCCUUUCCGGUUAAUAUCAUUUGUUGCAAAAUAUGUUAGUGGUGGUGACUUGGUCAACAGAUGAUUCAAAUUAGGGCACUGGCUAGGAUAUAUGAUGUUUCGUUCUUCCCAUGCAUCUUCUUGUCCAUUUUCAUUUUUCUAUGAUGGGCAAGUGUGAGCCAUUACUUAUUUUAUUUUAUUUUAUUUUAUUUUUUUAUUAUUACUAUCACCACACCGAACAUGUUAACUGCAGAGUUGAUAGACCAUUUUCUUGUCCUAAA